AUGGGUUAAUAUUUUUCUAUUAAUUCUAAAAAAGAAUAUGUGUGGUAUGAUAAGGGAAUAGCAUUAGCCAAUUUGAAUCAAUAUGAAGAAGCAAAUAAAUGUUACAAUGAAGCAAUAUCUAUUAACCCUAAAUAUGUGAAUGCAUGGAAUAACAAGGGCAUUGCAUUAAGGAAUUUGAAUUAAUAUGAAGAAGCAAUUGAAUGUUACAAUGAAGCAAUAUCUAUUAACCCUAAAUAUGUGUAUGCAUGGUAUAACAAGGGCAUUGCAUUAAGGAAUUUGAAUUAAUAUGAAGAAGCAAUUGAAUGUUACAAUGAAGCAAUAUCUAUUAACCCUAAACUUGCUGAAGCAUGGUUUGACAAGGGUACUACAUUAUCUGAUUUGGGUUUGGGGUUGGGUUUGGGUUUGGGGUUGGGUUUGGGUUUGGGGUUGGGGUUGGGGUUUGGGGUUUGGGCUU